AUGGAAGCUCUAACCCCUGGCGACAUUGGGCUGAUCCAACUCUGGCCCAAAUCCGAUAUCGCCGUCCAGACCAUCCUUGAUAUUGUCGCCAUCCACGGACUUGGUGGCCACCCGAUAAAGACCUGGAGAAGCGGUAAAAGUGUCUGGCUUCGUGACUUUCUUCCCUCUGCCAUCCCGGAAGCUCGCAUAUUCACCUUCGGCUAUUCAUCUAAGACUACCUUUGCCAAGACAGUCUCUGAGAUUGGUGAUUUUGCAAGAGAACUACUAGAGCGCCUUCUCAGUGUACGAAGAAAUCUUCCUGACCACUAUAUCAGCCAGUUUAGAGGGUUAAGAAUAUUGCAGCGACCUCUCAUCUUCAUAUGCCAUAGCUUAGGUGGAAUUAUAUUUAAAAAAAGCUUGUGCCUGGCUCAUGAUCAUGAGUCAAGAUACGGGAGCCUCCUGGCUCAAAUCAAGUCGGUCAUAUUCCUUGGAACACCUCAUCGAGGAUCAGAUAUAGCCACUUGGGCCAAGAUGCUUGGGAAAGUUUCCAAUCUCUUCAUUCCAGAUUCUGUCCGUAUUGGCUUGCUUAACGAUCUAGAACCCCAGUCGCGAGUUCUUAAAGAUAUCGAGGACCAGUUUCUCCAAAGAACAGUCGGUCUCCGGAUUUUUACUUUCUACGAAAGAGUCAAGACGAAGCACAUCAAGUCUUUAGUUGUUGAGUCAGAUUCUGCUAUCCUCCGACUUCCAAACGAAGUUCCUCUACCUUUAGAGGCCGACCAUCGGAACAUUUGCAAAUUUUUAACGACGAGUGAUCCCGGAUACACGCUGGUCUUGAGCUGCCUAGAAGAGCUGGUUGAUCAAUAUGUACCCAAACAAUUCGCCCCACAGAACUCUUCGCUAGUGAAUUAUACGAAAUUUCUCCAAGAACUGAAUCCGAAUAAUGGAGCUUUUGACCCUUUGAUGAAGUACCAUGCUACCCCAAAUGCCGCUCCAGUGACUUGCGAUUGGGUUAAACAGGAUGCUACUUUUCUCAAUUGGUUUGAGGCUCGCACAAGCUCUUGGCUUUGGGUUCAUGGUUCUCCAGGCUCAGGCAAAUCUGUUCUAGUAAAAUAUGUCAUCGACCUGUUGCGGGAACGACCGCAAAAAGAACGAGCCGCCGAUGUUUCGGAUGUUGUUUCCUACAUAUUCUGUGACGGGAAAGUAACUCUGGAUGAGACUGCUGCUUGUCUUGUUCUGAGAUCUAUCCUGUCCCAGAUUUUCCAGGCACAAUCGGGUCUUAUUAAACAUCUGGGAAACCAGAUGGACAACGUUGAAAUUGUCAAAUUAACGAGUCAGCAAUUGACAUCAAAUAUAUCCGAUGUCAUGCUGUGGGCAAGCAACACUCGGUUCUGGUUAAUCAUUGAUGCUGUCGACGAGCUUCCCGUAACCGCAGCAGAGGAUUUAUUGAAUUCCAUCUGGAGAAUAUCUGGCAAUGACAUUAGCAGGCGCAUCCACAUUCUCAUUUCUAACCGAUCAGGCAUUGCCUCACAGUUUACUCAUAUCGCAAACUCUUUAUGUCUCGACUCAGAGAAGAUGCAUGAGAUUGUGCAACAUUACAUUGAACAAAAAGUAACGCAGUUCGGGCAAGAGCAUUCUAUCCCUCUACAUUUGUUGCCUGAAAUACAAGCAGGAAUAACAGCCCGGUCUAACACCAACUUCCUCAUCGCCUCUCUAAGUUGGACCGCCUUCUAUGGGGGCAUAUCACUUUGGAGCCCAUCCACGGUAAAGGCAAGGCUACUGGAACUAGAUAAACUCGAAUUCAACCUCGGACACCUCUACGCAAGUCUUCUUGCCAACGUACCCAAAGAUUUCCGGCCAGUUUUGAAGAAAAUAUUCAUGCUUCUCACUGUUGCUCGAAGGCCACUAUCUAUCAACGACAUUCAUUUUGCCGUCUCCAUUACUGAAGAACAUCGGUCUUACGAACAGGUCCAGAGCAACUUUGGUUUCAAUUUUGAGCGGGUGCUACGAAGAUUCAGCAUGCCUUUCUUAUCUGUUGAUUCAGUAGGCUCUGUGCAGUUCCGGCAUCAUUCUUUCCGAGAAUUUUUGACGCAGAAAAGGACGGAUGCCAUGGAUGAAGAGCUUAUCAUGCAAUUUCGCUCCUCUGUUCUGGGCUGCGAGUAUUUUGCGAAUUGGGUCUGCUUCAAAGUUCUCACCUUCAUGGACUGGAAGAAACACAGCGGUGAGAUCGUAGUUUUCAAGCGGGACCAGAAGGGCCCAAAUAUUGGCCAGGAUAGCCAAUUUCUCUCCGCUGAUAUACCACAACUGCCUUUGUUGUUAUACGCUAUGGAAAACUUUAACAGCCAUUUAGAAAAGGUUCAAGAGGAGCCUGAAGUCGUUCAAUCCGCGGCCAGUUUCUUUACAGAAGAAAAUCUCCAAGGUUUCUACCAACUCUAUUCAAAACUCGAACUUGAAUUUCGAAACCAUGGACUUCGUCUGCAACCUGACCUCGAGAUCAACUACCCUCCAAUGCAUCUUCUGGCCCAGUUGGGAGAUUUUCUAGAAAUAUUCAAGACUCUUGAUGGAGAUUUGAACAAGAUCGAUAGAAAAGGGUACACUCCGCUAGCCUGGGCGGUCAGGAAAAGUCGAUAUCAGCUCAUGAAGUUCCUACUUCUCAAUCCCAGAGUCGAUCCAAAUGUUGGCCUCGCCGGCAGGAGCAAGCCACUUCACCUCUCAAUCAAAGAUGAGAAGGCGUUUCUACUACUCAUUUCGUCCCCAAAGGUAGACAUCAACUGCAAAGGGAUGAGAGACCGUACUGUGCUGCACAGUAUCAUUUCUCACGGCCAGCUACUUGUGCAUUUACUCCCUCCCCUGCUGGAAAGGGAAGACCUUGAUGUAAAUGCUCUGGAUGUGGAUGGGGUAUCACCUUUAAUAUCUGCCCUUGGCAGAGGGGAUGGGUAUCAGGCUGCAAUGCAGCUUCUAAACCGUAGCCUGGAGGAGAAGCUCGAUGUCUCUACGACUGACGGCAACGGAACAAACGCUCUAGCCCUCGCCAGUCUCCAGGGCUGGACGGAGGUACGCAAAAUUUUAGUUUCCAGAGAUCGGUCUCAGAUGUUUACUCUUGGUCAAGAUGGAAUGAACAUGCUUACUAGAGCGGCAUACUUUGGAAAUCAGCAAGAACUGAAGGAAUUGCUUUCGUCUGUACCCCGGGCCGAUGUUGUACGCCUCAGUAACGAAGGCCGAUUCAACCUGAUGAACCUUUGUGCACAACAAGACUGGGCCGAUACGCUUGAGCACCUUCGAAUCAAUUUUGGACUAGAAAGCCAGGAACAAGAUACACGAGGACGGACGGUCCUGCACUGGGCGGCGUUCUCGGGUUGGAGCUACGCCGAGUCGAACCUUUCCAAAGUUCAACAGGGGUUGAUCAACGUUCAAGACUUUGAUGGCAGUACCCCUUUACAUCUAGGGGCUGAACAUCGAAACCUACGAGCUGUCGAGUUCUUGCUCAAGGAGGGAGCCAACCUUCUCAUCCGCGACAAACAUGGGCGGACUCCAGUGCACGUUGCUGCCAACUCGGGCGCAAAGGCAAUCCUGGAGCUGAUGCUACUUAGUCCAAUACGUGAGUUUGGAAGAGACAAGCAAGGGCUCUCGCUUCUUCAUUAUAUUGCAACUUGGGAAUGGCCUCCAGUUUUGACCAAAUUCAUUACGGAGAAACGACCUAUUAUCGACGUCCGGGAUAGAGAUCGACGGACACCUCUACACUAUGCAGCAAUUUACGGUAACACGAUGAUCGGCGAGUUGCUGAUGGACGCAGGAGCCGAUAUUGAACUGAGAGAUUGCAUUGGCUUCACUCCAGUGUUUCAUGCAGUCCGGCAAGGCCAUGUUGCAUUCGCAGAGCUACUGCACUCCCGGCGCGCAAACCUAUGCCGACGUGAUUUCUUCAACAGGACCACAGCAGAUAUCAUUGGCUUGGAUGAUGACCCAGAGAUGAUCGAGCUUCUCCAGGAAUUAAAAGCUCCCUUCCCAGUACAUAGGAAGAGACGAUACUCGCCCCCAAGGAGUCAAUUUCCUCCAACAUUUACUUCUCCUAUGGCGGAUUGGGCCAUAUGUCUUCCCACGAAGGAGCAUGCUACUAGUGAAGAGCUCAAGUGCCCUUGCUGCCAGGAAACCCGUUGUCCUGGGAUUAACAGAAGGUUGUGUGAGAAUCUCCAGCUUACUGUGUUAGCACGCCAUCUGAAAUGUAUCAGGUCAUAUUUCAUGAAGUGCAGCGAUGCGCCUUUCGAAAUUCACCAGGGAAGGUCGGCGUUUCACGUUGCGGCCUACGUUGGCGACGAGUUGAUUGUUCGGGAGCUUCUCUCGUUUGAUAUGUCUGGCCAUUUUGACGUGAAAUCCUCAGAAGGGACACCUGCUCUGAUAGCAGCCUCGUUUGGACAUUUUGAGCUUGCAAAUGAACUGAUUCUGCGCGGAGCAGAUCCUUUCCAAGUGACAGAAAAAGGCUUCAACAUGCUCCACCUCGCUGCACUGGGAGGCUAUCUUCCAUUAGUUGAAACACUCAUCGCUAAAGGACUCAGUGUGGAAACAAAAGUCAAAAACGAAGACGGCCUUCUUGCAUUACAUAUGGCAGUUGAUCAGGGGGAAAAGGAGGUUGUGGAGUUUCUGCUUGGAUUUUAUACAUCCCGGUACCGAUUGGACCCUUAUCAAAGCGUUGCACUCUUCUUACUUGGAAGUGGGUGUUUCUACAUUGAUCCUGAACAGCAGUUGAUCGGAGUCAACAGAAUUAGAUUCCCCAAGCAAAGUCCAAAGUUCUUCAAGACGCAAUAUAAGGAGAUUGCGAGUGAUUUAGCACGUUCAUUUCGAUUGCUAUCCAAUGGAGGCUCGCCAUAUCCUAUCUUGGCUCUUAUUAUUCAGCGUCGCCGCCAUCUUAUCCAGUUUGACAGAUUGGACCUUCUCUCAUUUCUGUUGAAAAUGAGCAGUGGUCGGUACGACCAGAUAGUAAUUCACUGCGUGUCUGCUGGUCUUAUGCCCACUGACACGUCCAAGUUGCUCCAAGUGCCGAUGGAGGACCACACGCUCUGGCAUCUUGUUGAUCAUGGAGUGAAUCCUCUCAUCGUGUUCUCAGACGGAUCCAACAUACUGCAUCAUAUGUUGCGCCUCAAGUAUCUUUGGACGACAUCGAAGGACUCGUUUAACAGGUCAAUAAAAAAGUUAGUGUCUCUGGGUGUAGACAUCAAUGGUCAAAAUUCCGAGGGAGACACACCUUUACUGGUACUUCUAUCAGCCUCAGUGACAAACAGCGAGCACUACUUUAGCACUGUGGAAGCCGUAAUGCAGAGCGGCGCAGAUCCACGGAUUUCAAGAAAGGAUGGCACUACAGCUUUGGACUUGGCGAGGAAAGACUUUCCAUGGUCAUACCCCGCUUACAGACUAAUUCAAAACUCAAUCAAGGCCUUUGAUUCAAAGUAG